UUCCGUUGGAUUCGCCCCUCUCUCUCUCUUCUCAUCUCCGAGAUCGAUCGGAGAGAUGAGGAGAGAAAAGGGGAGGUUCAUGUCGCCGCCCGUGCUCCUGGUGAUCUCGCUGAUCGGAUUCGUGUACUACACUACGGUGUUCAUCUUCAUCGACGACUGGCUGGGGCUCGGCACCGGCCCCGGCCUCCUCAACGCUCUGAUCUUUAGCUGGCUUGCCUUCAUGUGCUUGUUCUCGUUCUUUGUCACCGUCCUCACCGAUCCAGGCGGCGUCCCUCCCUCUUUUGCUCCCGAAACGGAAGACCCCCAGAAGGAUGGUGAAUGCUUAAGAUAUUGCGAUAAGUGUAGCUCUUACAAGCCUCCACGAGCACACCACUGUCGGGUCUGCCGUCGGUGUGUGUUAAAAAUGGAUCAUCACUGCGUGUGGAUAGGUAAUUGUGUGGGAUAUGCAAAUUAUAAGCCCUACAUUGUCUGUGUCUUGCAUGCAGCCAUGGCAUCUAUAUAUUCUAUGGUGAUAUUUGUGACCAGUAUUCUUGGAAAGGAUCAUGAUUUCAAAGGAAUCUCUAAUAAGAUAUUCUAUAUCCUGUGCGCUUCAGUCACCAUUAUGUUGAGCUUGGCUUUCGGCAGCCUACUGGGUUGGCACAUUUAUCUCCUGACACAUAACUUGACGACGAUAGAGUAUCGAGCAGCAGUAAGAGCAAUGUGGCUUGCCAAGAAAAGUGGCCAGAAGUACCAUCACCAGUUCGAUCUUGGCAUAUAUAAGAAUCUCAUCAUGAUUCUGGGUCCAAAUAUCCUGAAAUGGUUUUGCCCCGCAGCAGCUGGCCAUCUUAAAGAGGGAACACAGUUUCCAAUAUCAAAAGUCGACGGUCAGCACCCCGAUUCUUAAACCUUUCAAUUGCAAGCAGCUGCUCAUGGUUGGCCUUGGUAUGGUGAUCACAAAGAAGCAAGGUAGAGAUACGACGGCAGUUGCCGGUGCAGCACCAGAGGGUUUCUGAAGUUGUAUCAGUGUGCUUACCGUUCUGCAUAAUCAUGGAGGUCGUACCUGCCCAUCCCAUUGAUGAUGCACUUCGACGGUGUAAAUGCUAUACAGAUUCAAACUUUGUUACUUGGAAGACGUGUGAUGGAAUGGUGGGGGCUGUGUUGGUCUGUACCUUUUCAUUACAUAAUUGAAGGUUUGUGCUGCAAACAACCUUUUAAUUCAAACAUACUUUGCAUUGCGAUAUGCUCCUUAACACAUUGUAAUUCCGAAGUCCCUACAGAUCAUUCAUCUUUGUCACUAAA